UUAUUUUCUGACAGAUCUGUCCAGAUGGCGUGCAUGUAGCGUUUUUGUUGUCAGCAGUUUGAUGUGGGCAGAAUGUUUGCACUCAGCGUUUCGAAUGUGAGUGGUAAAUCUGCGGUAUGCGUGUGAACCAAGAUGUACAUGCUGAAGCACGUCACCUUCAGACAACAACCGGGCCCCCCAGACUACGAAUCUCAAAUAUGAGCCAUGGGUUUACGCCAGUAUAGCAUUGACAGUAAAGAUAAUCGUAUCGCAUAGCCAUUGACAAAAUACCAGGACAAAGUUUCGUGAAGAGUUAAAUCAUUUGAGUGACACAAGAAUAAAGAAGAUUACUGAUUAAACGAUCAUAGACACAGCCAGCAUAAGCAUCUCUCUGUUAACUGGAAUAGCUUUCUAAGCAUUCCGAUGGUUUUUAUUUUCUUGGUAGAGCCAUGACAAUGGAGAGGAGGAUCAAACUGAAGACACUUAAUAGUCACAUUACGUGCAAAAUCUGUCGAGGCUACCUGAUAGAUGCUACUACAGUUACAGAGUGCCUCCACACAUUCUGUAAGAGCUGUCUCGUGAAACACCUCGAGGAGAACAACACAUGUCCGACCUGUCAGAUCGUGAUCCAUCAAUCACAUCCACUCCAGUAUAUCAGCUUCGAUCGCACAAUGCAGGAUAUCGUGUACAAACUCGUACCGAAUCUGCAAGACAAUGAGAUCAAACGUGAGAGAGAAUUCUAUCGUAUGAGGGGUUUGCCCUGUCCUAAAGACAUUCCACCCAAUGCCGGAGAAGUAGAAGAAGAUAAGGGAGCCCCCGAUCAACAUGCAGAGUCUGACUAUCACCGUCAGGAUGAGCAGGUUAACGUGUGCUUGGAAUGCAUGAGUACAAACAUGAAGACUUUGAAACGAAGAUUCAUACGAUGUUCUGCCCAGGCAACUAUAACUCAUCUCAAGAAGUUUAUUGCAAAGAAAGUACUGAAUGGUACUGAGAAAUACAGAGAUAUUGAUAUGCUGUGUAAUGAUGAACUGCUUGGUAAGGACCACACACUUAAGUUUGUUUAUGUGACAAGAUGGAGGUUUCGAGAUCCACCACUGAGGUUACAAUACAGACCACGGAUAGACAUUUAAUUCCGUACUUCCCCUCUUCUGUGCUUGAUCGAAACGAAACGAUUUCCUGUACACGUGUGUUUGACUAUAGGGUGUGCUUGUGCGUGAGUAUGUAUCUGGAAGGGAGAGUCUCGGUUUGACCCCUCUUAUCUAAUGCAGCACAAUAAUAAGCAUUAAAUAUUUUAUAAAUCACAAUGAACUAUAUUAUUUAGUUUUUUUUAAAGUAUGAACUUUUAAUUUCAUAACUGAAGGAUUCUUGUAGGAUUUGAGGAUCUCACAAUGGUGUGAUACAACACUGUGUUGUAAUCCAUUGAAAGUCAACCAACAUUUCUGAGGAACUUCAUGCCUGCAUCUUCAGGGUUCGAGAGUAAACAAAACAAGAAACUAGCAAAUGAAAUCCCCCCUGCUUCAUGCUGGUUUCUUGCUUAGCUUUCUGUUCAGAUCUGAAGAUGAUGGUGAAGUGCUUCUCUGAAAUAUCAAUUGACUUUUUCUGAACUGCAUGGUUGGUGGUGUAUCCCAGAAGAUUUUUUUUUAACAAAAAAUAUAUCAGUCAGAAUUUGUGUUUUCUCUAAUGUUUGGAAUGAAACAUUUGGUAUGAUGGAUGGUGCAGCCAUGGUGUCAGAUAAUUCUGCAGUAUUUUUACGUAUUCUGUUUGAUAGAAAUAAUGAGCAGACUGUGCGAAGGAUAUGCGUAUGAUGGUUAUGGUCACGGACUAUAUACAUAUUCACAAAUCACUACAUUUGUGUAUAUUAUUGUCCUGAAACUUCGUAGGUUAUAAGUAAUAAUAAAAGAGUUAAUGUAACUAAUUUUGCUCGAUGAAAUCACUGUAAAAGCAGUGGAAUCUUAUAUUGAUUUCAUUUCAGAAAAUGUUUAAAAUGUAGGACUUGAGGUUCUCACAGCAUUACUUAUGAAGGGUUCUGUCUUCUGGGAUAUCAUGCUCUGUAUUCCGUUGGAUGUCAACCAUCAUUUCAUAUGAACAUGUUUAAUCCUUCAGUGUUGAAGAAUAAGCGAAGUAAGAAUGAGGCCUGAUUCGUGCUGGAUUUUGACUGGUUUCCUUUUCAAACUUGAAGAUGGAAGCAACAUAUUCCCCUGAAACACCAGUGUACUAUACAGCAUUAUAUCCCAGAAGAUGGAGCUCAUCAAUGUUCAAAUGUUUGUUACAGAUUGAAGUUGUAAAGUACAUUUUCUUCUCCUUACAGCGCCAUUUCAGUCACAACUGAAAACAUGUUUCUUUUUAUGCUGAUUACAUUUGUUGUGAAAUAUCUCUUGCCUAAUUGAGAGACAGGUUGUGGUCUAGUUACUUGCUGUUUUCUGAUGCCAGAAAGGAUGUUGGAUUUUACAUUUGAAAAACUGAAUUUGUUCAAGAUACCUUUACAGAUAUCAUCUAACAUUUUAGCAGGAGCCGGGAUAGCUCAGUCGGUAUAGCUACUGGCUACAGACUGGACGACCGAGGAGUCAGGGUUCGAG